UGAGUGCGUUCAUUUCUAGGGCGGGGAAUUUUGCGCGGAAACACGUAAGGAGAUUAGUGAAGACACGCGAUUCCGUAUUGUUCGAGAACCAUCUGUUAAUAUCGCUAGGCUGAUCGAACGCCCUUAUUACGGCUAAAUUCAAUAUCUACUCGCUGAAGUUGUCACUGCGGACGCAAGAAACAAUCAAACUUUGCUGGGAUUCGCGUGUUCCGAGAGUCGCGAACGCACAUCAGGAGGAUGUGACAUUUACAGAGGAAGGUAAACAAUAGAAAAACAUCACGGGAUCUGCAAGCUAACUAAAAACUAAUAACUGUAUAAUAAACUGUGUUCGGGGUGUAAGUGUCGGACGUGCGCGACAAAACCCGUCGCUAGUGAAAUUGAUCCAGGGGGCUGGAGCGCGAAGGAGUUGCGCGUGCCUUGCGGUUCGUCCUGCGCCGUCUUCACGGGGUACAAGCAAAGUGGCAGUGUUUUAUUUAAUUUUAUAUGUCAACUGCUGCUAGGGAAUGCGGAUGCAUCGGAGGACGAGUGCGGGUAAAUCGAUGCACGGUGGGUGAUAUCGUUUCACUCUAGGGGGAGCACACGCAGGACUAAAGAAAAACUAUCACGUGAAAAGUGCGAUGAUGUGAAACGGUGUUUUGACGUGAUUGCGACCGGUGUUACAAUGACAAAGACGGCAAAAGCAGUGAAUCAAACCAUCAACAACAGCAAUGGCAUCGUGAAGAAAACGCCAAAAUGUGCGAAAGUAAAACUGACCAUCAGCAGCUCUGCGGCUGCAACAGUAAAAAAGAAGAUGCUCGCAGCGAAGCUGACGAAAGAACAGGAGGCAUCCAUCGCCGAGACUAUUACAUUCGUCGUUAGCGGUAAGGUGAGAAAGACGCCUACGGGAUCACCUUCUGUACAAGAUGUGCCUAAAUUGUGGAAGAGGGUGGCUAAAACAAACCAAACACGCACAUCAAGGACACCACUGCCAAGAAAACUGCCCCGCACGCUAAAACAAAAGUGGCGAAAAAGCAAGUCAAUAACGUGCAUCGUUUAGCACGCCCAAAAUUGGUAAAUAAAACCGUCAACCGACCCACUAAGUGUAAAAAACCUAACCGAGGCGAAAUUAAAAAUAACAAAGCAGAAUCUAAAUCGAGCGUUGAUGUAUCUGAUAAGGAAGAGAAACAUGAAAAUGAUAAAAAACCGACGAAAAACAAGCAGAUUUUGAAGACUGUUAAAAGCUCUUCGAAAAAAUCCGCUUCUCAUCAAGGAAAAAUGCCUGAUAAGUUAAAUGGUGAGAAAACAUCGGUUAAGAAAGAUGUCAAGGUCACAGAGGCGAAGGUAAUGUCAAAAAAAGUCAAUCAGAAACUUCAAAUCAAAGAGGAACAAUUAGACGAAGUCAUCGCCGCCAUUUUUGAAUCCUCUGUGAAAGCAGAGGGGGAGAAACUUGGUGUUAAGAAAAGUUCAGAAAAACGCACGCCUAAACUUGAACCCUCGGUGUUAGCGAAUAAACUUAAAGCUAAAUUGAAAUCAGCUCCGUUGAAAAACAAAGUCGUGUAUGUGAAGAAUAAAAAUCACAAGGCAAAGUUGGUAGGAAAACCGAUUCAACAGGUUAAGUCUCGAAAAUUGCUGAGUAUUUGGAAUGGUCCUAAACGCCAUCGUGUGGCAUCCUUGAAUGCCAUGGCAAAAGUACAUUGUCUAUACGACAAUGAAUUCCGUGGUAAUUUUGAUCAGUUGGAGCUCAACGUCAAGCGUGAACUUGCUGAAGAAAAGGAAGAAAAACGACGCACCAGGCCAAUGAAACACGAACGCCAAUCGGUCUCACCACAACCAACGCGUACCUUGCGUUCUGUACCAGGGCUACGCGCUGUUGGAAAGAUGUGGGACAUGCAUGAUACAACAUCUAGUAGUGAAGAUGACUACCUACAGGUUCCUGCACGCAGUGAUAAACCUAAGAAAACCACAAAGGCAGUACCCACAGAAAAACGAACCACAACUGUUGCUAAAACGAAAAAACCGCUAGCAAAACGACGCAAGAAGGAAGAAGUUGUCAUGGAUCUGAAGGAUAUGGUUGUGCGCAAGCGCAUGGCUAGCCUGAAUGCGUCAGCAAUACUCGCCGCCAGCUACUCAGCGGAAAAGCGCACGCAUCCUCGUGGUGCAAACAGCGACACAGAGACAAGCACCUCAGAAGAUGAGUAUUCAAGCGAUGAUGACGAUCAAAAAGAGGAGAAGAUUGACUGUAAGCUGCAAGUCCGUGCAGUGCCAAGCAAGAAGGUGGCAGUUAUUCUCAACCAGGAUACUGAUGUUACUUUCACUGGGGUUUACAUGAACAGUACGACACGUUCCACGCACCAUGAGGGUUAUUGUCACAUUGCGGGGAUGAAGUAUCGCAUAUCUGCAACCAGUCAUACACAAACAGCGGCUACCGCUGUCUCUACAGAGACAAUUUUGCAAUCCUCCACUACUACUACUAGAGAAAAUGAAAAUGCCGAUACUACGCCUGCGAAAUCUUACACGCCAUUGGAUGCUUUAUCGAAUAUGCAGCCGCCUGCAAACGCUGUGCAACCUCAUAACCAUCACUUGCCGCCACCACCACUUGCGGCAGCGCCACCCUCCGCACCUAUGCAGCCGCAUCAUCAUCAUCAUCAUCAGCAUGUACACCAUGCCGUCGGUGACAUUGGAUCGCUGGCACGCCGCCAUGGUUGUUCUACAAGUGCAUUCAGCGCGCCUCCACCGCCGGCGACUGGAGGAUGCGGCACGCAGACGCUUCAUCACAUGCCGCCAGAACAUGGCUACGUUCAAGGUUAUUAUCAACCGGCUGGUCCGUUGAUAAGUGUUCAUGGACAUUCCCAGGCGCCUCCAUCUUUAAAUACUAAAUCGGUGCCGCUGUCGGACGCCUCACCGUCAUCGACAUCACCACUUCUUCAGCCACCCCCGCCGAGUUCGGCUGGAGAUUCAUCGGACAGUGAAGUGAUAAUUACGUCCGUAACAACAGCAAAAGAGGCGCUUGCCCAACAGCAGCCUUCACCGGCGGCAGCAUACCAUCGGCUCAACCAUCACUAUCCGCCGCCUCCACCGCAUGGUGCCUACUCGGCAUACGGGGGAGCUUAUCCACCACAGUAUUACGGUGCCCCACCGCCACCUCCGGGUCCCACCGCCUAUCCACAUCACGACAUGUGCUACACCUCGUUCCAGCCGCACAAGUACAUGUUCCGGCGGUAUUUAGCGCCCCCCGCGCCACCUUACUAUCAGCCCAGCUCACCUGAUUUGUACACCCAGCAACCCAACACAAAUCAACAGGUUGUGACCGCUACCAGCUCGUCGAGCGGCAACUAUCAAUCGUCGUCGACGGGUCCGCCACCACCGACGUUGAUGGAGACGUACCCGGGUCCACCACCAACCCUUAUUGAGUCGUAUCCUUCACCAGCGCAUUAUUACCAAGGCUACGGCCCGACGCCGCCGUGUUAUACGCACUCAGCACCGGCGCGACCCCUCAGUUAUAUAAAUGCCACAUAUCAAACGUGUCCUUGUCCAAUGCAGUCGUGUCCAAAAAACGUACAUACUGGACCUCUUGCUGGAGAUAGUAAGAGGUCUAACAUCACAAUCGCCAAAGAAUCAGUGCCGCUGCCUCCGGUGGCUCUUGCGUUACCACUGGAACCAGCCAGUGCAACAGGGCCACCGAGUCCGGCGCGAGGUAGUGCAGGCAUGCCACCACCUCCGUCGCCUGCAGGUGCUACUUACCAACAGCCGCCUCCACCAAAGCAGGAGACGCCUGAGCCAGCUGCCAUUGAACAGCGGCGGAAGGCGCGUGUUGGUAAAGCUAUGGUGCGGCACAACAUUGCGCAGAACCAACAGAACACGAUGCUCCUUAUGUGUCAAACGCCUACAAUUCUAGAAAGCGUUAAGCGUGAAGUAGAAUCACCGAAGGAGGAGGCACCCGUCACCGCAAAAAUCGAGGAUUGUGCCGAUGUUGUUCUAGUCGCCGAACACGAAAAUGCCAUCAAACGUGAACUACCCGAGAAGCCGCGCAUUGGAGAUAUGCUAACGGAUCAACCACCAACAACCCCACCUCCUCCUGAUCCUGAAAUUCCACCUGCACCUGCCAAUGAUGACUUAUUAUUACCGUGUCAAAAAACCGUUGCGGAGAACGUGAAGGUAAAAAACAUGAAACGUAAAUGUUCGAUGAGUAAAGAAACAGUGCCACCUCUGGAACCAGUAGCAGUGGUAGCAAAAAAGCCGAAGCUCGAGAAGCCGAAUGGAAGCUACAAGGACUUGAUCAAAAAAACUCAAAACGUUGUCAAGAUUAAUAAUGGCAAGCGGAAAUUAAUAACCGAAACGAGGACGGUAAAUGGUGUGCUCAUUCGUUUUAGAAAGAGCAAUAAGCGCAACAAGCGUCUUGCCUCGGCUGCUGCGGCCCAGAAAGAAGAACAUCAUGGCAAGCGGGUAAAAUCAACUAAACCACUCACUGAUAGCAACGUACCUCAAAAAGCGAAAGCAAACGGCGCCAAAGAAGCCAAAGGGAUUAUUGAUCCGGAGCUCAGAGAGAACAAGGAACCCACCACCAAGCGUACUCUUAAGAAACAACUACCACCACAGGGCAAGAAAUUACAGAGUAAUCUUGAGCGUACCAUCGAGAGUGUUGUGCACAAUCUACGAACACCCAAAGUAGUAUUGGGAAUAGAAAAGGUAGCGAAAAAAGUUGCACCCAGUAAAGUCAGGCGUAGUACGGAAAAUAGUGCGAAAGUUGUGGCACGUCGCAGUUCCACAAAACAAAAAGAUGUGCCGCAGACAAUAUCUCGAAUUCCACGACGCUCAGCACAAUUACGCUGGUCAAACGGCUGGCGAUGGCUUGGUGAUCCAUUUGAUGGCAAAGUGUUCUUAAACAGUGAUGAGUCGAUUGUGACUCGAAAAUGUUAUCCUGCAAUGGUACAUGAAGAGGGCGACAUUAUUGAGCCACGUGACUGCGUUUUGCUUAAGGCCGGACAGCGAAAAAACGAGCUUCCUUUUGUUGCCAAAAUCGCUGCGCUGUGGGAGAAUCUCGACGACGGCGAAAUGAUGAUGUCUUUGCUGUGGUACUACCGCCCUGAGCAUACUGAACAAGGCCGGCGGCCUGUCGACCAGCCAGACGAAGUGUUUGCCUCCAGACAUAAAGACUCCAACAGCGUCGCCUGUAUUGAGGACAAGUGCUACGUUUUAACUUAUAAUGAGUAUUGCAGAUAUAGAAAAGAUUUGCGAAGAUUAGAAGCAUGCGUGGAAGAUACUGGCCCAUGCAUACCACAACCCGACCCAUACCCCCGACACCAUCGACAGCCUCCCUCCACGCUGGGCACAUCCGCCGAUCUAGUGUUUUUCUGUCGCAAGGUGUACGAUUUUCGACAGAAACGCAUUAUUAAGAAUCCCAGUUAAUCAAAAGAUAUCGUUCGAAUAAUACGUGAAACUCGUUUUCCACUAGCAAAACGAUGACCAAAAACUUCAAUAAUUUUAUAUCGUAAAUUAAACGACGACGAAGUGAUCGGUGUAAGAUAAUUGGAACACGCAUUUAACAAAUAUUGCAGUGCAUCAUCCACGGCAUUUAGUAUUUACAUGUUUCUUUGUUUCGAACGAACAAUUACUGCAAAAUCAAAACCGACGAUCGGCAACAAAUUUGAACAGACACGUUCAAUAAGUAUACACAUUGUUACUUUAUAUUGGAAAAUUACACAAAGGGAACAUUUGUAAUCUAUAUAUAUUAACAUAUUUCAUUAGUUUAAUAAUAAUGUUGUAUAGUAAACCAAAAAACAUAGAGAUGAUUAUAUUAUUAUAUACAAUAUAUAUAUUUAACACGAAAAAUGUAAAAAAAUUGAAGGAAACAAAGCGACAAACUUAUUAAGUAAUUAAUUAUUGAUCAAUAUUUAUAAUUGAAACAGUGCUAGAGGUGUGUGUGCUUCAGUAGAACAGAAAUGCCGACAAAAUGCGACAGAAAAAACAGAAAGCUAGUAACGAAUUCGUCAAUGUUCUCUUAUCUUAAUAAUCAAAGCAUUACUUAAUACAAUUGCGUUGUUAUGUAUUUACUGCUUGAUAUAAUAAUCGGUUGGCAGAUGAACGUGACAGAGUAAAAUAUUGAUAUAAAAUCAGGGAUAUCUGUAUGAUAUACAUAAACAAACAAGUAUCAAUUAAUUUUUAAUAUUUAAACUAAUUACGGAUAAUAGGAUGCGCUUUGAAUGAUUUCGAAAUCACUAAAAAUGUUAUUCCUUUUACUAUUUAUAUUAGACUAAGUUGAGUUUACCCGAUCUGUUAAUUAAGUCUAGUUGUACAUCGAUUUAAAAAUCGCGUAACCAUUUUAGGUUAUAUUUUUUUUAUUAUUUAUCUCUUGGAAUAUGGACUAAACCGACGGAAAUCAUUGAUCGACGCCAAAGUCUUAUUAUUAUGCCCUUUCUUUGUUUUUAUAUUAUUAUGUUAUUUGAUAAGAUUUAUUACUGUUAUGUUUUAUUUUUUAUCUAUUUGAAAUAAUAAUUGCUAUUAUGAUUACGAUCAUCUUGUACAUAACUAUUAACAUGUGCUUAAUUAAACAAGUUAUUAUUAUGUUUCUACCAAAAUGCGCAAAGCAAUAGAUGGACAAUGUGCUGUAUUUUAUUUGAUCAAUUGAGCGAAUAUUGUGAAUUUGUUUUAUACACGUUGAUGUACGUAAUUGAGCAUUUGUUUGUUAAAACGCCGCCUAUGCCUUUUAGGUGCCUUCCUCUUAACUAAUUAUAUCCCCGAAAUUCUUCUUUAUGUUCCUUAACAAAUGCAAACUGAAUAAAUGUGUGAAAGUAC